AUCCCUAUCUAUUUGACUUGCCAGCUCGCGUUGGCUUGACUUUGAAUCUCGGUCACAUUCGCCUAUCUGCUGCAUCCAAGGCCGGAUCCGAACAAACCUCCUCCUUCUUCUUCUUCCUCGUACUCGCCCAGGCCCCUUGAUUUCUCUCCCCUCGCUUCAGAGAACGAGAGCACAGAACAGUCAUGCGCCGAUCGCUCGCGGAUGAACAAUCGGCCUCGCCGCGCCGUGCCCAACGGGCUCGUGUUGAAGAUGAAGUGCCAGUACCGUCUGUGCGCCCGUUCGCGCUGGCUGGUCGCACCCAACAACUACAACCGGCCGCCGCUUCGGUGUCGCCGUCAUCAUCAUCAUCAUCAUCACCACAUCGCACUAUGGGCGCUGGCUCGUCAGCAAUCUCUAAUUCAUCGUUGGAGCCACGACGGCGGCAGUCUGUCUCCGCGCCUACUACUACUACUAGCCACCCCCAUACACAGGAUCACUGCCGCUGCCAUGGGCCAAUGCUGCGACAAGCGGUCGAGUGUGCCCAGCAGAUGGAAUUGAACUAUGCUGCCACCAUGCCGCCAGACCAACAUGCAUCCCUUGGCUUGCCUUUUUCAACCCCUUCCACCCCUUCCACUCAAUCCUUCUCCCCUUCAAUUCGCUCUGGCAUGCCCCAACGGCGCCCCAAUCGUUGUUUCGCCGGUGUCAACCCGAGGGACAUGAUGAUUUCCGCACCCACCCAGCCACCGUCAACUUCGACGCCCGUUUCUGCGGUUGCCCCAAGUGCUUCUUCAACACCAGCAUCCUGGGGAUCCUCCUCUUCUUCUUCCUCCUCCUCCUCCUCCUCUGUGGCACAGCCACCUACUGUCUCGACAUCCCAGCCCAGCACCGUUCCUGCUGCUAAUAACGCUGCCGCAGCCUCAACAGCACCUGCAGCAACAGCAGCCGCGGCCCCUCCACCCUCGCCCGCCGAAAUUGCUGCUAUUGCUGCGGCCGAUGCCAUCUCGUAUGCCUACUCGAGCAUGACACCUGACAACGGAAGCGCGGCGCGAACUCCGACGUCCAUCUCGGGACCGGCUGUGAACGACUGGAGUGCUUGGACGGCGUUCGUUUCACGUGCAAUUGGUAUUCGCGGCACUGGUUGCGCGACGGCCGAGAUCAUGCGCAUGCCCACGUCCGAGUUUUCGGACGGUGCUUUCACUGCGAGCCGUCUUGCGAUGACGGUUGAUCCCUCACGGCACUCAAUGCCCACCGUCCGUGCUCGCGCGACUGCUCUGGCUGCAGACUUGUCGAAUGGUGCGCAACCUGGUAUUACCACCACCACCACCACCACGGCGCCAAUGAACCAAGACGCAGAUGCAUCGACGCAGUCAAGUAACGGGCACACCAUCGUGCCGUCCUCCUCUGUCUCGCGCUUGGAGCAUUUCCGCUCCGCGUCGCAGCUCAUGUGGACGGGCAUGCCCACGUCCGCUAGCGAGACAUUUCCAGCAAAGGACCCCUCCGCAGUCCGCUUCCUCUCCCUGCAGAAGAGCUUGACUUGGCCUGGACGGAGCAAGCUCGGCACUGCUCGCCGACGGCCUGCCGAAUUUCUCGAAGUCGCGGCCUCGGCACAUGCCUACACGCGUGUUGCUAAGGGCUCGUCUGUUCUCGUGCUGCAGGGCGCAAGCGAUGGCGUGCUGCAUGUCCUGCGUGACGCUGAUCUGAUUUCGUUUGAUGUGUUUGAGCUCGCGCGCGUGACCAACGGCCGACCCUUGUUCUUCCUUGGCAUGUACUUGUUUGAGCGCCACGGAUUGGUGUCGCGCUUCAACUUGGAUAUCGUCAAGCUCCGCUACUUUUUGAACGAGGUGGAGACGAGCUAUCAGAGCAACUCGUACCACAAUGCCACCCAUGCUGCUGAUGUGCUUCAGAUCAUGCAUCAUUUUGUCAUCCAACCUCCGCUCUUUGGCGUGCUUGAGCCCUGCGAGGUGAUGGCUCUCCUGCUCGCAUGCAUUGUGCACGACAUGGAUCAUCCCGGUUUCACCAACGCCUUCUUGGUCAACACCCAAGAUCCCCUUGCCAAGCUGCACGGCACCAAGUCGACGCUCGAGCAGCACCACUGCGGCGCUGCAGCUGCUCUCCUCGUGCCGGGACCUGCCGAUCUCUUGAGCUCGCUCGACCAGAACGAUGCGCUUCGCGUCCGCACGCUUCUCGCUGCGCUUGUUCUGGCCACAGACAUGAGCGAUCACGCACGAAUUGUUUCGGCGUUCAAUGCGCGUCUCGCCUCGCGCAAUUUUGACCCGCUUGCCAAUCCCACCGAUCGCGUCCUGCUCCUUCAAAUUUCAAUCAAAUGUGCCGAUGUCAGCAACCCCUGUCGACCCUGGAACCUCUGCGAGGCUUGGGCCGAGCGGGUCAUUGACGAGUUUUUCACACAAGGUGAUGAAGAGCGUCGCCGCAACAUGAAGAUCUCGAUGAACAUGGAUCGCAUCACCACGCAUGUGGAGCAGGUCCAGGUUGCAUUCAUCACGCUUUUCGUCAUUCCACUGUUUGACUCGUUCUGUCGCACAAUUCCGACGAACGACAUGAAGUUUAUGUUUGAGCAAGUCCUGGGCAAUAUCGAGCGCUGGAAAGCUCGGUAUCAAGCGCGCACGUCGCAAGAGCUCAAGCAUCCUCCCAUUGUAAUUCCGUCGGCUGCCGUCCCUGCCCCUGCGCCUCAAACCUCGUCUGCUGAGCCAAUGCGAAGCUAACAGGGUCGGAUUUCCUGGCACUUUCGUUGCCUUCUUGGCCUUGUUUUUCUUUUUGGGUUUUCUUUUUCGUUUUUUGUUCUUCUUCUUCUUCUUCUUCUUUUCUUGCACCUUCUUACUUGGCAUAGAUUGUCAUCCCCAAACUCCGGCAGUAUUGUGGGAUGAUGCCUUGCUAUCCUUUGAUUCCCCUGUUUGACAUUUUUCUUCCCAGAUCAAACGCCUUCUCUUCGCUUUUUUGCAAACACCAUUGUUUUCCACAUCCCCGCUUUAUUUUGAUUCGGACCGAGUAUUUUUAAACAAAUGGCCUUGUGCUUUUGGUUGUACUUUUUUUUGUUGUUGUUGUUGCUGGCUUGUCGUGAAUUUCAUUAUCCCCUUUUAUAAAAAAAAUAUCUUCAACGAA